AGUGCAAGAAGAAGAGGUGUAAUUUCUACUUGUUAUUGUCGCAGCGACCAAAAAAAUGUGUUGUCUGUCUCAGUCAUUGACGCUCUGAAGCACGACAGCAAUUAAGUACUUCCCGUAUCCAGUCAGUUUUUUUACAAACGUUGCAGUACGUCGACCUUGCUUUUAUAACGGAUCGAAAAGUACGUCGACCUAGCUACGGAUCGAAAAGUACGUCGACUUUGCUAAUAAUGCACGGCUUCAACAAUUUUGCCGGAGCAAAUCAUGCUUUCUUCCAGCAGUUUAAUCCGGGGGGAGAAGAUCCGCACGCCACUCCCCCCAGUUUGAAUUAUUUCCAACGAUUCGACGUUUACCUGCAGCUUGCUGCGACCCGAGAGAAGCCACUGACGCCGUUCGAGAUGGCCCGCGUGCCAGAGGCGCGGGUCGGUACGCACAAAGGCAAUCGCGGCCGCGGAAUCACUUUCACACAUCGCCAGAAUUUUGCGGACGUUCGCGGCUGGCUUCGGGACACUUUUUUCCCGCCCGCGCUAGGAUGGUGUGUGGAUUCACUGCACUUGAGCACGCGUGGGGAGCGGCUCGCUGUGCUCGCAUAUGUUUCGAAACACGAGGUCGGUGGAGGUGUACCAGAGAACAAGUCGGAAUCCUCCUCUGCGCCAGUAAUUGCUGCCAGCACAGCGAACGCUGACGCCAGAGCGGUCGAGCAGGGGCAAAAGGCAGGCACCAAGCGGGGCGAAGCCAAAUGUGACAGUCAAGAAAAGACAGAUGACCCGCAGGUUGACGUAAAAACUGUGAAAGGACCCCACGGCGAAGAACCACAGCAGACGGAAGAGGCUGAAGCGAAAGCGAAAGCUCCCGAGACAGAUGCAACUACGUCAUGCGACGUGACAGGAGACGGAAAAGUGGAGGGAGCUGCGCAGGAUGCAAGCCUAAGUUCUUGUAAACUACCUCCAUUAAAAAUAACAGCAGAGCGGGAGCCUUCGUUUGUGCGCGUAGUCGACGUUUCGGGAAAUGCGUACAACGUUUUCGUCGAUGGUUUCGGAUGGGUCCCACUGCAAAUUAAUACACAACAAAGCGUUCAGAAGGCGAAGGAGAAGCUUCAGCGGUGCUUUGAGGAGCGGCAGUUGGAGUUUGUCUUGCCAACAGACGAGGAGCUUGCUGCAGGCAGAAGCGAGAGUUCUUGCGCAGAGCAGGCCUCGACUGUAGUUGAGGACGGCGCAGACGUGAAUCAUAUGGAGAUCGAUAACAAUUCCGCGGCAACACCCGUCGAGGCGGUGUCCGCGGUUGGUGCGGAUCCGAACGCGGCCCGGCCUCGACGGCACGAAGUGUCCGAAGCUGCGGUUGUAGAUGAGGAAGAAGAUGAUGAUGAUGAUGAUGUCGAUUCGCCUUCGGCCCGGACGGAGCGCAGUGCAGCGGAUCCGCACGAAGAUGAGGACCCGGAUUCUCGCGUGAUCGCCGGUCUACUCGAGCCAGGUUGCGAGGAGUUGAUGGUCCUUCAGCGUCCCAAGAACGAUGUAGGAUCUGAUUCAUCUGAAAGUGAAUACGAGAAUCGCUGGGCUCAUUUAAACGAUUGAUCAGAUGAGAGUGCGACGGGGUCGGAUGUGUUGUAGUAGUGUGCUCUCCUGCGUCAUCAGGAAGAGCCAGAAAAUGCUAUUUAGGUUGAACGAACAAGAAAUCGCUACCGCUACGAGAUGGGGUGUUCUUGUCAAGCGAAGUCGCAGG